AUAUAAUAGCCAAACGCUUCGCGCGAUCCGUUACACCUUCUUCGUUGAACCUCAGAACCUUUCGUUUCUCAUUUUCAUUCAUCACUUGUUAGUUGUUACGAUGCCGACACGAUCAACAGGAGCCAUAACGCAAGACUGGGAGCCAGUGGUUCUGCACAAGUCGAAGCCCAAGGCUCAGGACCUGCGCAACCCCAAGGUUAUGAACCAGGCUCUCCGGUCCGGUUCGGAGGUGCUGACGGUUAAGAAGUUUGACGCCGGUUCGAACAAGAAAACCGCCGGUCCGGCCGUGAACGCGAGGAAGCUCGACGAAGGGACCGAACCGGCUGCUCUGGAGCGCGUGGCGGGGGAGGUGAGGCACGCGAUACAGAAGGCGCGUUUGGAUAAGAAAAUGAGCCAGGCUGAGCUGGCGAAACAGAUAAACGAACGGACGCAGGUGGUUCAGGAGUACGAGAAUGGAAAAGCCGUUCCUAACCAGGCCGUGCUUGCCAAGAUGGAGAGGGUCCUUGGAGUGAAGCUCAGGGGCAAAGUCGGAAAAUGAAUUUCUCACUCUUUUUUUUUUCCGGGUCUUUUAUUAUCCGUGUUAGGGUCUGUUUGUUUUGGUCUGGUGUAACGUUGUUGUAAGUAAUGUUUGUGUCUGAAAAUUUGCCAGACUAAUGAUUUCAAUGAAAUUUCUGUGUAGAUAAUGUUUUAUGAUUUUUA